AUGCCGGACGCACAGAAGGCUUGCGUCGUACGUUUGUGUCAGAGCCCCAAGCUGGCACUAAAGAACAGUCCGCCCUAUAUUCUAGACCUGCUCCCUGACACAUAUCAGCACCUGCGAACCAUCUUGUCACGCUACGAGGGGAAGAUGGAAACUUUAGGAGAGAAUGAAUACUUCAGGGUGUUCAUGGAAAACUUGAUGAAGAAGACGAAGCAGACCAUCAGCCUCUUUAAAGAAUGGAAAGAGAGAAUGUACGAAGAGAAUUCCCAGCCUAGGCGCAACCUUACAAAGCUGUCCCUGAUCUUCAGCCACAUGCUAGCAGAACUGAAAGGCAUUUUCCCGAGUGGGCUCUUCCAGGGUGACACAUUCCGGAUCACAAAGGCUGAUGCGGCGGAGUUCUGGAGGAAAGCUUUUGGGGAAAAAACCAUUGUCCCCUGGAAGAUGUUCCGCCAGGCCCUCCACGAAGUGCACCCUAUAAGUUCAGGCCUUGAGGCGAUGGCGCUAAAAUCAACGAUUGACUUGACGUGCAAUGAUUACAUUUCUGUGUUUGAAUUUGAUAUCUUUACGCGACUGUUCCAGCCCUGGUCCUCUUUGCUCAGGAACUGGAACAGCCUGGCAGUGACUCACCCGGGCUACAUGGCAUUCUUGACGUACGAUGAGGUCAAAGCGCGGCUUCAGAAGUUCAUUCACAAACCUGGCAGUUACAUUUUCCGGCUGAGCUGUACACGGCUGGGUCAGUGGGCGAUCGGUUACGUCACUGCCGAUGGAAACAUCCUUCAGACAAUCCCCCACAACAAACCCCUCUUUCAAGCACUGAUUGACGGCUUCAGGGAAGGCUUCUACUUAUAUCCUGAUGGGCGAAAUCAGAACCCUGACUUGACUGGUCUCUGUGAACCCACACCUCAGGAUCACAUUAAAGUUACACAGGAGCAAUACGAACUGUACUGUGAGAUGGGCUCCACCUUCCAGCUCUGUAAAAUCUGCGCCGAAAACGACAAGGAUGUGAAGAUCGAACCCUGCGGCCACCUCAUGUGCACUUCCUGUCUCACAGCGUGGCAGGCACAGGGUUACAAAUUGUCUGGGGCAGCGGUCCCCGGCCUUUUUGGGCCUGCAGGCACCGAGCCCAUUGUCGUUGACCCAUUUGAUCCCAGAGGGGGAGGGGGGCUGCUGCGGCAAAGCGCAGAGGGAGCCCCCUCCCCAAACUACGACGAUGACGACGACGACAGGGCCGACGAAUCGCUGUUCAUGAUGAAAGAGCUGGCUGGCGCAAAGGUGGAGCGUCCUCCUUCUCCCUUUUCAAUGGCUCCCCAGGCAACACUCCCCCCGGUGCCCCCACGAUUAGACCUUCUGCAGCAGCGCGUCUCCAACCCCCCCGGAGCUUCGAGUCCAGGAACCACUUCUAAGGCCAUGCCCGGUUCUCUUCACAAAGACAAACCUUUGCCGAUUCCCCCGACGCAUCGAGAUCUCCCGCCGCCUCCUCCUCCGGACCGGCCACAUGCCAUAACGGCGUCAGACACGCGGCCUCAGCGGCGGCCCCUGCCGUGCACUCCAGGAGACUGCCCUUCCCGGGACAAGCUGCCCGCCCUGCCUUCCAACCGCCAGGGGGAGCUGUGGCCGUCGCGGCCGAUCCCCAAAGCUCUAGGGGUGGCCCUGAGUCCCAGUGAGCCCUGGGCAAAUAGGGAGCUGACCAACCGCCACUCGCUCCCGUUCUCGCUGCCUUCCCAGAUGGAUUCCAGAGCGGACGUUCACCGGCACGGAAGUACCCUCAGCCUGGACACCACCGUGACUCAACCCAGUGGGCUUCCAGCCGGCUCGGACAGUGACCUUUCUAAAAUGAAACCCUCCUCUUCUGCCAAUGCCAUCUAUUCUCUUGCUGUAAGGCCAUUGGCUGCAUCAAAGCUGCCCCCCGGAGAGCACUCGGAAAACGCCGAAGACACCGAGUACAUGUCGCCAUCCUCCCUGCCCCUGGUGCCGCCUGGCCCUGCCGUACCAAAGCUGGAGGCUAAAUUGCCUUUGGAGAUGACUCCGAGUUCACGAGUGUUGGAGUGCGACGAGGAACUGGACGGGUGUACUUACGAAGCCAUGUUCAACAUCCACUCCCAGGCCGGGCCUUCCGGCUCGGAGACAGCCAGCAUUCCCGAGGGGGGAGACAUGGCAGGCGCCAAUGCAAGCAACGGACCUGAAGAGUCAGAGAACGAAGAAGAUGGUUACGACGUGCCCAGGCCUCCCAUCCCCUUGACUGUGGCUCGUCGCACGCUGUCCGAUAUCUCCAAUGCAGCCUCUGCCUUCAGCCGUGUGUCGCUGGACGGGGAUGCUCUCACAGGUUUCUCCGAGAACUCCCAGGUGCCCGAGAGGCCCCCGAAGCCCUUGCCGCGGAGGAUAAACUCCGAGCGGAAAGCGGGCAGCUGCCUGCCGGGGGGCAUGGCCGGGCCCAUGGCCGCCUCCGCCUCCCCCCAGCUCUCCGGCGAGAUCGAGAACCUCAUGAGCCAAGGCUACUCCUAUCAGGACAUCCAGAAAGCGCUGCUCAUCGCCCACAACAACAUUGACAUGGCCAAAAAUAUCCUCCGGGAGUUUGUCUCCAUCUCCUCCCCCGCCCACGUGGCCACAUAGCGCACCCCUCGCCCCCGCUUGGGACACUCCUGCGCAUCGACCCGCCUGGGCCAUCUCCCGCCCAGCUGAUAACGAGGAGGAGGUUGACAGGCUCCUUGAGAGACUUCCCGCGAAGUCCCACCUGCCUCUACAGAGAAUCGGUCGUCAGGGUUUUAUGCGAUUCCAGGUUUCAAAGCAAGCAGAGCGAAAGGGAGCGGAGAGGUGUCUCUCCUACAGUCUGUGUGUGUCUUUCAGAGUCGUCCCGCCCGCCCCCGCUCCCCCGCUCCUGUUUUCUAGCUUGCCUAUGCGGAAGGGUUCUCCGCUCCCGUGCUGGCGGGCCAGGGGUCGAGGGGGUGUGUCUCGUGCUGUGAAUACAAACCGGAUGUCAGUGUGUCGAGUGGCGUCUCUAGGCUGAGUGUGGUGUGUCGUCGGUGGUCCCCCCCCUCCCAAACCAUGGCUCACGGUACUAGAUUUGGGCCAUUUCAGUUUUGUGUCUUUUGGCUCAGGCUUUGUAGAGCAUCUGCUGCCGGGUACAGAUUCUCCACCGAGGGAGCGGUUUCAGUGGCUUCCUCCUGCGUUGAUAUCCCCCCC